AUGAAAGGUCAGACACGAUUUGGAGUGAAAGACAAGUUCGCACCAAGAUAUAUUAGGCAAUAUGAAAUUCUUGAGAAAAUCAAUCCGAUGAUGUAUCGAGUAGCCUUACCACCAGUCUUGGAGCAAAUGCACAAUGUGUUUCAUAUUUCUAUGCUUCUGGAAUAUUUACCGGAUCCCCAUCAUGUUAUUGAACCAACUCAUGUGCUUCUGAAGGAUGACCAUACAUAUGAAGAACGACCAAUUCAGAUUGUCAAUCAAAUGAUCAAAAUGCUACGAAACAAAGAAGUUCCACUAGUGAAAGUUGACUGGAAAAACCACGGAGGAAUAUAUGCAACUUGGGAAAUUGAGAAAGAUAUGAUGAAAAGAUACCCUAAUUCGUUCCCUCUAGAUCCAGCAUUCUUCCAGACUAAAGGUUUUUUCCAAUCCAAGCCUUGCAAGCCAAUUACCAAUUUCCCAACGUAG